GUAACGUGAUACCCCUCUGAUGGGCACAACACGGCCGGCAGAUUGACUUAGAAAGCGGUGGUACCCACGGUUGACAAACUUUCAGCUCUGUCGUUCCCUGUAUUGUGUAGAUCGGGUGUUGGUAUGUGGGAAUACAUACGGGAGUGGUGGGAUAUAUAACUACAUGUCGUAAUUUAAGUUUAAAAAGGAGGUUAAAUUGACAGAGGUAAAUUCUGUUGUGCGGAAUGCUACAUAUGACGCGUCAUCGGGAACUUCUCAGUCCGACUUACGCCCAGUGUUUGGAGGAGUAGGCCCACGUUCUGUAAUUCCUGGCAGGGUGCUAAGUAAGGGACGGCUGCCGCUAACCUUUCCUCCUGUCACAUCCCAGCCACGCUUACACUACCUGGUCGUCAAUAUGGCAGACAAAGUGACGGAUGAAACACUGAGAGGUAAGCUUAUGAGAAAUGGCGGGAAGCGUUUUCAAUGUUUGACAAGAAUGGUGACGGUCACAUCAACAGUACAGAACUGGGGACAGUGAUGCGGUCACUAGGACAGGCGCCAACAGACGAAGACCUCUACAAAAUCAUACACGACGCCGAUAACGACGGCAGUGGAACGGUAGACUUCGAUGAGUUCGUGGAAAUGAUGAUUCGGUUUAUGAAAAACAUUGACCCAGAAACGGAAAUGCGGGACGCAUUUAAAGUGUUUGAUAAAGACGGAAAUGGCAAUAUCAGUUCAUCGGAGCUGAGGUACGUUAUGACCAACCUGGGUGAGCGUCUUUCGGAGGACGAGGUGGAUGAAAUGAUCAAGGAGGCUGACAUUGAUGGAGACGGACAAGUGAAUUAUGAAGAAUUUGUAAAGAUGGUGUGUAAAAAGUAAAGGAUUUCAACUGAUGUCGAUAAGGAUAAUGAAACAAGCUUUAUUCAGCUUUUACAACCAUUCCAUGGGAAUCAUGCACAUCCUACUCUGAGGCAUUAGAAGGUCAAGGACACUUAUACAAUGCUACGCUGGAAGGUCGAGGUGAGCAAAUCAUUCGGUAGUGCGUGGACAAUUCAACGUCUCCAUCUCAUUCACGUUUGAAGGUCAACGUUUCUUAUUAAUUAGAAUGGAAUUUUGACAUUGUCUAUGAGACUUGGAUGGUGGUUACCUUUUUCUGACCUUUUGACCUUGAACAUUAGAUAUCGCUUCUUCACAAUAACAUACGUACAUAGUCAUGCAUACAUGUAAUCUCGUUACCUGACCUUGUGUAUCAUCGCUGCUACAAGGACAUCGUCAAGGGUUUGGAAACGAGGUUUUAUCUUGUAAAGCGUCAUGUUCAUUCCCCGUCAAAGCGUGCAAAUGUAAACCCUGGCAGAGUGGUGAAUAAUAGCUUAGGUUUAUAUAUACAAUCGUGACCCUUGCAUACAUGUUCUUCACUCAGAAUGACGGACGUUGCUGAUAAAAUCAGCAGUUUGGAUUUGUAUCUGUGCCCUGCAAGAGUGUCCAGCUAAGUGCUUUAUAAGUGCUCAUUUGUUUACAUGAUCGUAUAUUUCUGAUGAAAAUAAGAAGAUAAGUUCCUACAGUGGAACUGCUACAAUAAGAGGUACAGACACGUAUUGUGAUAACAAAUAGUCGUCAUACAUUUAAUUCCGGUAUGCAAUGUAUAUAUUGAUGUUGCUAAUUUUAACAUUCAUGGAAAUGAAAUGAAUUAACAAAUGAAUUGCCGACUUCCAUUCCUUUUAUUUUUUGCAGUUGUUGCUAUAAAAGGAAUGGAUACAUUCGGCUGUACUUGUUUGCAAAAAAGCAAAAAAAAAGCAAAAACGUCAGCCCUUCAAGACAAUAUCAAAAUAUUUUUCUGAUUUUUAGUGCUUUCGUAUUAAUAUCUAUUGCAACAAAAAUGCAUGUUAAGAAUGUCUAUCACAAAAAAACUUGUAACUUCUGAUAGAAUUUGUUUUUAUUUUUCUGAUCUACAUGAAGGCUUUUGUAUAUGAUAUCUUCCUGUUAUUAAUAUCGAUAAUAGAUAUCCAAAGAACUGAUAGUGUAUUGUUAAAAUUCAUACUUGGUAUAUGUAAUAGAAAAUUAUUUGUAUUUUCAAUAUUUAGCUGUUCAUCUUAAUAUCUCAUUUACCUUAUUUGUUUUUAAAUGAUUAACAAUGACCUUAAGUUAAGCGUAAACUUUGAUGGUGCGAGGAAUAUUACAAAGGUGUAAACCCUGCCUAAAUAUUCUGUCACUUGUCAUCGUAACCAGGAAAAUCGCACUGUGUGUAUUAGCUGUGUUUCGGAGAUGAACAAUCGAAAAUACCAGCAGUGAAUGUAAUUCGUGAUUUAUUAAAAUCAUAAUUGUAACACUG